AUUCCAUUCCAUUUGUGUUGUCUGUCUGCUGUCUCGUUGUCUGCAAGCAAAUCGAAUUCGAAUGUCAAUUUAUUGACAAACAAAAGUAUUAUUGUCGGUUGCUAAUCCCAAUAACAACUCAGCUUUAAAGUAUGGGAAAGAGAAAGGAUACCAGCACAGAGGAGGAAGCAAUGUUAGAAGGUGACUUUAUAUCAAUGGCUGUAAAGAAACACAAGAAACAUAAACACAAAAAGCAUAAGAAGAAAAAAUCUGAGUUAGAUUCUGAAUCCAAGGUAGAUCUUUUGAAGUUGGGCCUUAUCAGUGCUAAUGAAGACGAUCCAGAUACAUUAAGCAUAUCAGCUACUGCAUCAAAGCCCGCGUCAACAUCUACCUCACCUUCCAAAAGUAGUUCCAAAAAAAAGAAGAAAGGUAAGGAGAGUGCAACAUCAAGUGAAGAGGAAAGAUGGUUAGAUGCUAUAGAAUCUGGAAAAUUAGAAGAGGUAGAUGACGAAUUGAAAAAGAUAAAGCCUAAGGAUCCUAAGCUGAUGACUGCAAGGCAAAGAGCAAUGUUGGAGCGAAAAACCACAGAUAAAGAGCCUGGCUCCAGUGGAGAACAGCUAUUGGCACUGCCCACUGGAUACAGAGAAAAGGUCAUGACGCCGGAAAUGGCACUCAAGGCCCAGAUUAAGUCUCAAAAACGUAAACAACAAGCAGAUGAAAAAAGAGAAAAGGAUAAGAAAAAGACAAUGGAGCGAUUGCUACGCAAACAAGAGAGUAAGCCAGUGAAGAUGAGUGCCAAAGGUCGAGCAGUGAGACGCCAGGUUCCAACUGUGACUUUGACCAACAACCUGCAAGGAAUUGCUAUCACAUUGCCUCCUGAUAUUGAAUUUCCACUUAAACCUUUAAGGUGUAGAUCUCCUCACCCUUUACCUAAAUGUGCUGUACUUGGCUGCAAAAAUCCUCGAAGGUAUUCCUGCUCAAAAACUGGCGUCUCUCUUUGUAGCCUACAAUGCUAUAAGAAAAACCUCAGCCUAAACGACACUCGAAGCACAUAAAAUUGCUGUGAUUUUAGUUUUUAAGACUACAAUAAAUUAUUCACUAAA